UGAGAUAGACGGCGUGAUCUACUGCAUUUCCGGCAAAAAAUUCUGGAAAGCGUGCGAAUAUUAAUAAUACAAAUCAGUAAAUUAAAGGGAAAAGAAAUACUUUUAAAGAGGGAGGGUUGAAGACCAAGCAGAUAAACCGUCACUUAGGAUGGCGAAGUGGGGAGAAGGGGAUCCACGCUGGAUUGUGGAAGAAAGACCCGAUGGAACUAACGUCAACAAUUGGCACUGGGUUGAAAAAAAUGCCACAAAUUGGUCAAAAGACAGGCUGAAAGAAUUGCUAACUGGUGUUGUAGUUGAAGAUGAUAAAUUUUUUUGUGAACUUAAGGAGGUAACAAGUAUUGAAGGCGAGGCAUCAGCAAACAACAGAAAAGCCAAAUUAAUAUUUUUCUACGAAUUUGUUAUUAAAGGAGAAUGGUCAGGUAAGUUAAAAGAUGGAGACAAGAAAAUUAAAGGGAAAUUUGAAAUACCAAACCUCAGUGAAGAAAAUGAUGCAGAUGAAAUUGAUUUCAAUGUUACAGUUUCCAAGGACUCUGAUGAAGCAUAUAAACUAAAAGAAUUCCUAAGGAAGACUGGAUUAGGUGUUAUAAGACAGAAGAUGUCAGAAUAUUUAAAUGAUUUAAAGAAUGAAUAUAGCAAAGGUGUGAUCUUGCCAACCAAAGGAGCACAACAGCAACAACAAACCCAAGCUCAAAUCAACUCCGCCACAAAUAAAGCUAGAGAGGAAAUGAACAAAAUGGUCAUCGAUUCCAAAGCAUCUAAACCAUUAGGUGUGAAAAUUCACACCAAGAAAAUUGUUGGGAAGGAAGAGUUUAAAUGCAGGGCUGAGGAUCUAUAUAGGGCACUCACUGAUGUUAAGCUGGUUCAAGCAUUUUCAGCCAGCCCUGCAGAGAUGGAAGUAGAAAAAGGAGGUCGUUUCUCCCUUCUCCAUGGAAACAUAACAGGAGAAUUUGUAGAAUUGAUACCCAAUCAGAAACUUGUUCAACGCUGGAGAGUGAAAUCCUGGCCGGAUGCACAUUAUUCCACUGUGACUUUUGAAUUUGACGAGAAAGACGAUUGUACUGUGCUUAAUUAUACCCAGACUGGUGUUCCAGACUCGGAGUACGAGAAAACGAAAGAGGGCUGGGUAAUCAAUUACUGGAACCGAAUGAAACAAGUGCUUGGAUUUGGCUCCAGUAUUUUUUGACGAAGGUGGAAGGAAUUAUUCUUCAGAGUUACAAAGAUUAUUUUCAGAUUCAGGUCUUGAUUGUCAAUAAGUUAUGGAAGAAGUGGACCAGUGUAGAAGAAAGGGAAAGAAAAGGAAUUUUUUUAUCCAUCUUACAACAGGUCCAAUUUUUACCAUCUAGCUGUGACACAAUUUCAUAGUUUUGGCAAUGUGUAAUUUUUUUUAUCAUGGUAAAUUGAUAUUUUUAAAUUAUGUAAAGUAAUGCAAAUAUACAUUAAACCUUUUUCCUGGUUUUAUUUAAACAUGUACCAAAUAUUCAAAGAUAACAGAAAAAAUAUAAUAUGUUGUGUUAAAAAAAAUUUAGAAAAAUGAUGCUUCACUCUUCCGUGCUGUAGAAGGAGAAAUUUUCUUGGGGGAAUAAAAUGCCAUGAAGUUUUAAUAUGGUUCUCAUUAAUAUGGUUAUAUUUCAAAUAUGAAAUUAUAUCCCCACAUAACGAUUUGAAAUCACAAGUUAAGGAAUUUAUUUUUAAUCCCAUUAAAAAUUCUGCUUCUACAGCAAUGCUCUUAAUUGUGUAAAAGUAUUUUGAUGUUUUUGUCAUAAAUAGUUGUUGAUAUACAAAAUACACAUGCACAGAUAUAGAAAGGGGGGCAGGUCUGGGGCCCCCUGCAAAAUUCAAAUUUCUUAAAAUUACGUUUGAUUUAUAGAAUUACCAAAAAUAUGCUUCGGACCCCCCUGACAAACUCAAAUAAAUGUGGGACCCACCCGAAAAAAUUUUCUUGAUCCGCGCAGGAUACAUGUUCUAGUAAAUAAAUUCAACAUAUUUCAACUGUUGGUGUGUUGUAUAUUAGACAUCAAAAGAGUAUACAAGUUAAAAUUAAAUUAAUUUAUAUCAUAUCUCAGAACUGUUGACUGGAAAUUAUGCAUUACCUUGUAUCGAACUAUAACAUUUUUUAAGUGUAUUUUUAUUUGAUGUGUUUGAUUGCAUUUAGACUGAAUGCCCACUGUGAAAGACUUCUAGCUUCUUUGUCAUUUCAACUUCUUUUGUCAUUUAAACAUACUGUAUAAGGAUAUUGCAUUUCAUUUGGAGCUUAUUUGCCAUUUCCAAUUGUGAAAAAAGGGAUUUUAAGAUGACAAAAUUUUCAAUAUCUCCACCUAAAUUUGUUACAGGGUAUAAACUUGGCAUUGUUUUAUAUACAACCCCC